CUUCUUCUCCUGCCAUCAACUAGUUAGCAUACACUUGGUCGUCCUAUAAUAAUAACUACUACAUAUACACAGUCCUAGUGUAUCUAUUCUAGUCCAAACGACAAGUCAGACAGCUGACAGACGGCUUCGGAAAGAACCAAAAGAUACACCCAUACAUCCAACCUCCCUCCUUCUUAACCUCACACUUGAUCAAUCAGGGAUAUUUGUAACCCACCCGAUCCCGUCCGUCAAGUCUCUCGUCGGUCUGGAGACUCAUCGUCAUGAGCGCGACCAACAAAGACACAUCUUCCAGUACCACCCCUCAAUUCAUCGCCGCCCUCGUCACCGGUCUCAUCGUCGUCGGUGCUCUAACCGCAUUAUGGGCAGUUUUACAUGGCAAGAAGAACUAUAGAAAAGUCUUUCAACCUAGAGUCCUCCUUGCUCCAGAGGCGAAAAGACCUCAUGAAUUACCUUCCAAUCCGAUAGGGUUUUGGAAGACUGUGUUGAGGACACCGGAUACGGAUAUCAUCAUUGCGAAUGGUCUCGAUGCGUAUUUCUUCGUCAGGUUUUUGAAAGUUUUUGGAUUACAGAUGCUCGUUCCAUAUGUUGUCUUGACCAUUAGCGUAUGUGUUGGAGUCUCGGCGGCGAAACCCAAUGCUGGCCAGUCAGGUCUGAACAAACUCACUUUCGGUAACGUUGCUCUCGACAAGCAAGUCCGACAUGUCGCCCAUUUCGUCGUUUCCGUGGUCCUCAUCUUUUGGACCAUGUUCCUCAUCUGGAGAGAAUACAACCACUACGUCGAGAUGCGUCAGCAAUGGAUGACGUCGCCUCAACAUCUCACCCUCGCUCGUUCCCGUACCGUGGCACUCACCAACGUUCCCGACGGUAUCAACUCUGAAACCGGCAUGAAAGAGCUGGCAGGUACCGUCGCCCAACUCACUGGUCGCAACCAAGCCAAUGCUUCCGCAUCCCGUAUCAGCGAUGCUACAUAUGUCGCUCAACCUCAAAAGGGAGGAGAACUCGGCGCUGCCGGCGGAGUACGAUCCGUCUGGCUCACUCGUAAAGUCAAAGAGGUCGAAAAAGUUUGGGAGGAAAGGGAUAACGAAUGUAUGCGAUUGGAGGGUGGUGUGGCCAAACUGGUAAAAUUAGGCAACAAGAACUAUCGCAAAGGUAAAACACCAGAGAAGAAAGGCACAUACGACGCUGAAAAUUCCACACACAUGGUCGACCGAUUCGUUCUGGCCAAGAAACGUCCCACUUGGAAGCAAGGCCUUCUCGGGUUGAUUGGUAAAAAGAUGACUCUCGACACGUCCCCGAUAUACAUCAAAGAACACAACGAUCUUCUCGCUACCCUCCGUGCCAAGGAGGACGAGCUGCCUCAAGGAAACACCACCUUUGUCCGUUUUGGCUCUCAAGCGGAGGCUCACGCGUUUGCAAAGCUUGCAUCAAGUACCCCAGGCAAUAAGUUGGUUCAGACUAGUAUCGAGGUCGUGCCGGAAGAUGUUCAAUGGAGCAACAUCUCUUUGAAUCCGUAUGAAAGGAAAGUCAGGACCAUGAUUUCUUGGGCACUUACCAUCGGGCUCAUCAUCGUCUGGGCCCCCAUUAUCACUUUCGUCGGCAUGGUCAGCAACGUCGAUUCGCUGUGUCAAAAAGCCUCUUGGUUGGCAUGGCUUUGCACCAUUCCUCCCGCCGUAUUGGGUAUCAUCAAGGGUAUCUUGCCCCCUGUCUUGUUCGCUGUGGUCUUUAUGGUUUUGCCUAUCAUAUUGAGGAUUUUCAUCCGACUUCAAGGCGAAGUCCGUAAGAGCGAUAUCGACCUGAAACUCUUCUCUCGAUUCUGGCUGUUCCAAGUCAUCCACGGGUUCCUUAUCAUCACCCUCGCCUCUGGUCUCAUCAACUCGCUCAGUCAUUUGGGUAACACCGCUAACUCCGUCCCUACACUUUUGGCCCAAAACCUUCCCGGUGCAUCCGUCUUCUUCCUCACCUUCUUCCUCACUGCCACUUUCUCAUCCGCUGCUCAAUCGUACUCUCGAGUCAAGCCGUUUGUCUUUUACCUCCUUCGAGGUAUCUUGGCCGGUGGCACUCCCAGGAAGUUUUACUUUAGCGAGUACAAAAUGGGAUCCUUCGCCUGGGGAACUGCUUGGCCUCCAGUCUGUCUCCUCGUCUGUCUUACUGUUGUCUACUCUGUCAUACAACCAAUCAUGUGUGUAUUGGCCAUUGUCGCUUUCGCUCUCAUGUACGCCGCAUGGUCUUACAUUCUCAUGUGGACCGCCGAUCAGCCCGACGCUCUCGAGACAGGAGGACAAUAUUACAUCAAGGCUUUGCGAACGGUCUUUGUUUCGCUAUACAUUGAGGAGAUUUGUCUGGCGGGAUUGUUCUUCUUGUCCAAGGAUCAGAACAACAAGCUGCCCAAGUCGGCUACUGCAUGUGGGGCCCUCAUGAUCGUCAUGAUCGUUCUCACCGCUCUCUUCCAAGCUUACAUUGACUGGCGUGCCUUCCCCAAGUCGUACCUCUACUACGUUCACGCCUCAACUUCUCGCACAGCCACCGAAUCCAAGCUCGGUGCCGUUCAAACCGCCACUUCGGAAGAGUACGAUACCGCUGGCCCGGAAUACGGCAACACUUCUGGUUUCCAUGAACGCGCCUUUGACCAUCCGGCAUUGUGGAAGAAACAACCCUGUGUUUGGAUCGCCAAUGACCCAUUGGGCAUUGGCAAGUUUGAAGCCGAGAGGAUCAACGAAGUGGGCGUGGAGGCGAGUACGGCAUUUGCAAGCAUGGAUGACAAGGGGAAAUUGCACGUGGAGAGGAGCCCUCCUGAUGAAGCCUGGUACGGUGGAUUCACCUCGUGAGUGAGGGAUGGGUUGGUUGGAUGUACUGUAUAUACACACGAUUAGGAGAGAUCUUUGGUGGGUUGGUUAAUAUAUACCGGUUUUGUGGAGAUGCAUAAUGUGAUGUUGAG